CCCAUCGGUUACCUCAAGUUUGAUCAUCUCAUACCUUAUCGUCAGGGUCUUGCGAUCCAGGAAUUUCUCGUUCAACGACGCCAUCGCAUAAAUCAAGAACGACAGCAAGGGAUACAACAUGAAGAACCGGAAGAUGUUAUUUGUUUCUUACAACAUCCGCCUACUUAUACUGCCGGUAGACGCAUUCGCGGUCGAACGGAGAAUGCAGAAGAGAAGCGAUUACGGUCACUGGGUGCUGAUUACUUUGAGACAAUGAGAGGGGGUCAGGUUACAUUCCACGGGCCUGGACAACUGGUCGCUUAUCCCAUCUUGGAUAUACGGGAAUAUCAGAUCAAUGUCCGGUGUUACGUAUCAAGGCUCGAGAAAACAAUCAUUCAUGCUUGCGAACAGUAUGGAAUCAAAGCAAACACGACCGAGAAUACCGGUGUAUGGGUUGGAGAAGAUCAUAAAAUUGCCGCACUAGGUGUUCAUCUUCAACGCUAUGUCAGCAGUCAUGGUCUAGCACUGAAUUGCGACGUGGAUCUUUCAUGGUUCAGGAAUAUUGUUGCCUGUGGAUUACCGGAAAAAGAUGUCACAAGUAUAUCGGAGCAACUCGGUCGAGAUGUACCAGUGAAUGAGGUGAUCCCGGUCAUGGCUAGAAGCUUUGCACAUCUGUUUGGAAAACCCGUAGUAGAAAUA